AUGCCCUACAAUCCUCGUCCACCCAGUAUCUUUCAUGAUGAGUCAUGGCCUACGCCAUGGCGUUCAUCUGAAUUCCCACCCGAAGAAACCUUCUUCGAACGAAUCAAUCGACAGCAUGCGAAGCCAGAGUGGAAGUCUGUACCGCGCUUCUUAGAAUUCGAGUCUAGUACGGGUGGAGGUUGGCCAUGGGGAUGGGCCAUCUAUCGCACCUCCUAUCUAAACACUUCCGAUCAAGACUGGGCUAGAACUAUUGAAAAACUCGACGAGGCCUGUAUGGCCGACCUAGAGUUUUACGAGCGCAGCUGGCAUCGAUUCGGCGCCACGUGUGUUGAAAUGAUCCGCGAGGGUUAUCGGAAUGUUAUCUUUGAAGACCCCGCGUUAGAGGGGGCGUCGGAAGCCGUCAUCCAACGUCGACAUAAACAAUGGGUCGAAAACCAUGGCCUCUACGUGUAUAGUAGUGUUCCUCGCCUUGGUUACGCACUUUUGUUAGAUGAUCGUUGUAUACGAUCAAUCUUGGCUAGUGCGGCGCCUAGGAAACCAUCUGCUAUCGAACUAGGGCUACCAUGGCCAAAGAUUAGCGACAAACCGGGGGGGAUGGUCGGUUAUGUUAACUUUAUCGACUCUCACUUCCGCCCCGAAGACCCGGAAAAUGACUCUGGAGAGUACUACCGUGGAUUGAUCCGUGUUCAUUUGGAUUGUUUAGCCCAAUUUGCUCUCUAUUGCGAGGAUCUUGAGACUGGAGAACAGGAAUGGGGUGAAUAUGGGAUGGACACACCUGAUUAUGUAUUUUAUACAGAUGGCCAUUGCUCAAACAUUGAGUCGAGAGAAAUGUUUCUUUCUUCCCCAGAUAGGAACGUUAAGAGAACUGCGAGUGUAACUGAGCUCGAGUAUAUCGAGCGCCAGGAUAUGGAGAACUUAGCAUUGAGCAAUAUGCCGGGUUCUGCCUAA